CAUCCAGCGCAGCGCUGCUCCGUCGCGCGCUACGCUGUCAACAGCAAUAAUAAGACGGACGCCGCGUGCCGGCAACUGGGACAUCAGGAUUUCUUUGGGAAUAAUAAGGAAGUUAUUCCUAUUUAAAAGUAGGAUAAAACGGACUUAACUCGCAAGGUUUGUGUUCUGCACGCUGCAGUUUGUGGACUGAAACUGUCCUGUCAAGGAGAACGCUGUCAGUGCCCCCUUUCUGACGACCACUCAUGUCCGCCUCGGUGCUGAAGCUCUCCACCAGCGGCGCCGUCCGCAUUCGGAUUUACAAUUCCGAACUGGGGACGACCAGGUGGAAAGAAGGCGGCUUCGAGAUCCAGGAGAAGGACAGCAAAGUCAACCUGUGUCUGAAGUUCAGCAGCGGCGGAGCUCCUAAAGUCUUUCAGCUAAACCAAAAUGUGAAGAACGUGGUACUCGGUCCCAUGCAGAGUCCAGUGAGAAUAGUGGUGUCGCUGAAGGACUCCAGCGUGGUGACCUUUGAUCGUGUGCCAGUCCAUCUGGCCCAAAAAAUGAAGGAGUACCUGGAUAAGCUGAAACAAGGCAAACCAACGGUCCUGAAGACGACGCAAGGCGGUGUGAGUCUGGGGGGCGUGCUCGGGACCCGGCCAAUAAAGAAUGACUCCAGCCAGCUCUUGCCCUCCGUGGAGAGACAGACGGUGUCGAGAAGAGCGAGUUUGGACAACCGAGAAGACUCCACCCCUCGCAAGCCCCUGGGUAGUCCCAGCAGAGUCGCCUCCACACCCCUCCGGAGCGGGCUGUCUGAGAACAGGAGUGAGAAAAGGAAGAGACUGAUCGCCUCAGAGACUGAUCUGAGCGAGGAUUACCCCAAGGAGAACGACUCCUCCAGCAAUAACAAGGCCACCUCCGACCCGUCCAGGAAGUUUCUGCUCAGCUUUAAGGAGAAGCUGAAGCAGUCUGAGGAGAACAGGAGCUCAGGCCCUGCGCCACUCCAGCCUUCCUCAUUCUACAGCAGCAGAUCAGGGACUAAAGACUACACACAGAGCCACUCCUUCCUGGACAGGCCAACCACUACAAGCCAGUCACCAUCAUCGAAAAGGAGCCUGCUGUUUCCGGGUCACUCUACGCCCUUUAAGAAAGUGCGGUCCAGUUCGGACUACAGCGGGUGGAACAAGCCCAGGCCAUCCUCUCUGACCCCCACACAGCCUCCACUGCAGGGAUUCUCCAACUUGGGAAACACGUGCUACAUGAAUGCCAUCCUCCAAUCCCUCUUCAGCCUGCAGUCCUUCUCCAACGACCUGCUCAAGCAGGGCAUCCCCUGGAAGAAGGUUCCGGCAAACGCCCUGCUCAGGCGAUUUGCCCACCUGCUGGCCAAGAAGGACACGUGCAGCCCGGAGAUGAAGAAGGACCUGCUGAGGAGGGUGAAGAGCGCCAUCUCCUCCACGGCGGAGCGCUUCUCCGGGUACAUGCAGAACGUACGUCCCGCCUUCCCGGAGUCUGCCAUGGACCAGCUGAAGGAGGACGUGGAGAAGGUGAACAAGUGCUGGAAGAGCGAGUCGUGGGAGGAGCCCCAGGGCUCGCGGUCGGGGGAGGAGCCUGACCCCUCCCGAAUUUACACCUGCCCCGUGGCGGCCAACAUGGAGCUGGAGGUGCAGCACACCAUCAGCUGCAAAGAUUGCGGAGAGGUGGUCACCAAGCGCGAGCAGUUCAACGACCUCUCCAUCGACCUGCCCCGGAGGAAGAAGACCCGCCCCCUGCGCUCCAUACAGGACUCCCUGGAUCUCUUCUUCAGGAUGGAGGAGAUCGAGUAUUCCUGCGAGAAAUGCAACGGGAAGUCGGCGACUGUGACGCAUAAGUUCAGUAAACUCCCCAGAGUGCUGAUCCUCCAUUUGAAGCGGUACAGUUACAACGCCCAGCUGUCCCUCAACAGUAAGCUGGGGCAGCAGGUGCUCAUACCCAAAUACCUGACCCUGCUGUUCCACUGCACCGACUCCACGCGGCCCCCGCUCGGCCUGGGCUGGAGCCCGCACGCCGCCACGCCCCGCACGCUCAAGACCUCGCAGUCUCUCAACUCCUCGGCGCCGCCCUCACGGAAAGGGCCCCUGAAAGCGGGGAGCCCCGGCGCUGUUCUGCCGGACUCGGACAGCGAGGAGGAGCCCAGCAGGACCCGCAAGCGCCGGCUCAGCGACUGCCUGACGGAGGACGAGAGGGGGGAGAAGGUGCAGCGGAGCCUGCCGGCCGAGCAGCCCGAGGACAACGUCAUCAACGACGACGAGAUGCUGGCGGCCGUCCUGGAGAUGAGCCAGCAGGAGGCGGCGCUGUCGGGGGUCCCGGACGACGAGCCCACCAGCAGCCCCGACACGGGGUUCGGGGACGCCGACACGCAGGACCUCAGCCACCACACGGACCUGCUGGAGACGGACAAGCCCCCCGCGGAGGCGCUGGACUCUCUGGACCUGACCAAGGACCUGGAUGAGAACAAGGAGAACCAGACUCCCGAGGGGGUGCAGGGGGAGCUGGACUGGAUGCAGCAGUACAGCCUGGACCAGGAGCGGGAGGAGCAGGAGCUGCAGCAGGCCCUGGCCCAGAGCCUGCAGGAGCAGGAAGCCAGGGAAAUGAAAGAGGAUGACGACCUCAAAAGGGCUACAGAGCUCAGCUUGCAAGAGUUCACAAACUCCUUGCCGGAGCUGCCGUGCUCAGACGAGGACUCUGGGAACGAGGACGUGCUGGACAUGGACUACAGCGAGUCUGAGGCCGAGGACCUGAGGAGAAACGCAGAGAGCGGCGAGCUCGCCAACUCCUUCCGCCUCAUCAGCGUGGUCAGCCACAUCGGCAGCAGCUCCUCAUCCGGUCAUUAUAUCAGUGAUGUCUAUGACAUGAAGAAGCAGUCCUGGCUGACCUACAACGACCUUGACGUGUCGCGCACUCAAGAAUGCACCGUUCAGAGGGAGAGGGACCGGAGCGGAUACAUAUUCUUCUACAUGCACAAGGACGUGUUUGAGGAGCUGUCGGAACUGGAGAGGACGGGCGGGUCUGGGGAGGCAGGUCGGACCGUGCUGCAGCCUCUCUGAGAUCCCCCCCCCCGCGCGCCCUACAAACCGUUUCACGCCGAAAGCCAUGGGGAGAGUUCCAGGGUUAAAAGUGAAAUCUGUCUCAUUUUCCAGUACUACUGAUCACCGUCCACCAUCCCCCCUCCACCCCCUUCACUUCAAGCACUUUGUCCUAACACAUGAGCUACUACCCCUGCCGGCAGUCCUGCGGCAGGCCGACUUUCGACCCCGCUCACCCCCCUGUCCCAGAAACCCUAUGUGAAAUGAAAUACGCGAGCGGAACUGAAAGCUUUUAACAGUUCGCGCCGUGUAUUGUUUUAAGCUGGUGUGUUACAUUCAACUGGAAUUAAAUUAGCCAUGAACUUUUCAAUCGUACAUUUUUUCCGCUUCUGUUUGUUAAAUAAAACUUUGAUACGAUGUUUCUCCGCAUUGCAAUGGAAUUAAGAGAUCGAGACCGCGGCGUCUCGACGUGAGAAAUACUCUCGGUUCUCCUGAGCUCGUUUCUUUACACUUUUUAAUCGGUCAUAUCCUAUUUGACGAAAUGCGUAUUCUUGUACCUUGGACGAGCGUACGUAACGGUUGGGAGUAAGGUGACAUUCGGGUUCUCGCUCUUCGAUAUGCAGCCUCAUGAAAGUGGUGCAAUAUUUUUGUUUUGUGGUGGUUACAUGCCCGUGGGCUUUUACCUGUUUUAAGUUUGUCCAGUAGAGCUUGGUAUGAAUGGUUUGCGUUUUCAUUUUGGAGCUGUUAUAGGACUGAAGUUUGAAUGUUUUGAUGUUUUUUUUCCCCCCUUCCUCAUUUAAAUGUUUUAUUCACGUUGCAUACGCCACCUCUAACGAACCGGCUGUUGGUGAGGGCAUUUCGUAACUCCCUGCGUUUGAUUUUCACUGGAAGUGCCUCGUGCCUCUCAGUCUGAACCGCGUACACUACUAGCGAUUUCCUUUUUCCUUUUUUCUACUGAGCUUUACUUUUGUGAGUGACACAACCAAAUUUCGGUUUGAAUGUAUUCUUCAAAACUCAGAAUAUAACUUAGAAACCUCUUACGAAAACAUUAAGCUGUCCUGAAUUGGGCUUUGCUGAAAAGGCCUAUAAGAUUUAACUAUUUAUUUUUAAAAAAUGAUUUCCGUGUUUACAAUGCAAUCUGUCAGAUUAUUCUUUCCACACAACAUGGCCAGUAUUCAUAUCUUGGGAAGUUUUAUUAGCUGUUCUUACAUUCUAAAACGCUGUCCUUGGACUGUUCAGAUCCCCCUGCUUGCAUUGAGCUGAGAGAUGGAAACGCUACUGGUGAAGUAUGUGUUUGAUAUGUAAAGUUUUCGGUGGUGUUGAAAGCUAAGCUUACAUUACCUUCUAGGCACCCAGUAUUUUACUCCUAAAGCGCAUUUUAAAAUAAAAAUAACCUGGGGAAAAA